UAUAAGAGUCAAUAUACAGUCCAAAUCUUAUUGCUCUUCUUCCAUCUCCUCACAAAAACAAGCUACAAAACCUGUUUCUUUCAGAAAAUGGAAUCUCUUAUGCUUCUUGGUUUUGCAGGAAUUCUUAGAGAUGCACUCAAAGUCUUCUGCAAGAAUGGAAGAAUCAUGGCUUCUGUUGCCCUUUUCACCCUCCUCACCAAAUCUAUUCUGUACUUAUCAAUUACCUUCUCCACCAAACCAUUGAUCACAGACUUACUCGUCGAGAGAAACCUCCUGCAUGUUACCACUCCUAACACCCCAGAAUUCACCAAUAUUCUCGCCCACAUAAGGAAAGAUUUCAAAAUCUUUUAUGGGUUGGAAUGCAUUUAUGUUAUCCUUGAUGCAGUCACCUUCUUACUUUCAGCAACAGCAACAAUCCUCGCCGCGGCUAUUAUCCAUGGCGGAAAGGAUGACUUAUCCUUGAAGAACUUGCUGUUGAGAACAACAAGAUCGUGGAAAAGGCCACUUGUUACUUCCAUAUACACAACUCUUUUUGGUCUGGUUUAUCUCUUUCUUUAUGCCGCAAUUCUUUUCGGCAUAACAAGAAUAAUCAAAACGCUGAUCAUCUCACCUGUUACUGUCUUUUUUCUUGGUGUUGCUUCCGUUUUUCUUUCUGUUUCUGGCAUAGUUUUCUUUGUAUACCUAUCUGCUAUUUGGACUUUAGCAAUUGUUGUUUCUGCUGUGGAAGAAAUAAGAGGAAUUGAAGCAGUGAUCAAGGCCACAGAGAUUUCUAAAGGCAUGAACCUACAGGGAAUUUCAUUGAAGCUCCUAUUCAUUAUAUCAAGCUGUCUGCUGUCAGGGAUCCUUAUGAUGCUUAAGGAUCCAUCACUAACACUUCAUAGAAUUGUAGCUUUGGUUAUAAUAAAUUCUCAUGGCCUGCUAUGGAUGUACUUGUUUGCAGCAUUUACUGUGUUCUACUACAGAUGCAAGAAAACACAUGGAGAAAGGGUUGAAUUGGAAGAAAUUCUAGACGAUGGAUAUAGUAAGAUACCCACCACCACCGUCACCACCACCACAGCUCUAGUUGUUGGCGAUGAUAUACCAUGAUCCAUAGAUAGGGUAUAUACUAUAUAGUUGCAGAAGUCCUGAGCUAUGAAAAUAAACUUCCCGAAAGCUAUAUCAGACUUGCAAAGUGUAUCAAAUGCUUGUUCUAAAAUCUCUAUUUAUUAUUCCUCAUUAAAUUCACAGUAGCUUUAUAUCCCCAUGCUGCAGCCUUAUAAAUAUUGAAGAAAUUAUAAAUAAACUUAGUGUUCUUUUU